GCAUGCGACUUCAAAGCUCCCUGAAAGCUCUCUAAAACUUAUCGAUCGGACCGAAUCUAUAAAUACAUGGUGUCUUGUCCGUCUGUCCUACAUGCAUAAUGCAUUUUCGUUUCCCCGUCCAAACUGUGACAUUUGCAGAAGGCGCUUUUGGACAUCCCAGAGUAAAUGCUGAAAAUUUCCCAACCAGAUGCAAAAGGUCAUACGCUAUUGAUCGCAGCGACGCGUUCCCACAGCGCGUAAUCGGAUCAAAUAUUGCAAACAACGUUCAUGCCAACAUGACAGUCAACAGUAGCCUACUUUUGUGCGCGUGUAGACCUCUGACGCCAACUUCAUCACGCACUGAGCUACACGCGCUCCCGGAGAGGUUGACAGCCCACCACGAUACAGGAGAGGAAAAGCAUCAUGUUGAGGGAAGGAACUCACCAGGCAGCUACUGAACAGAAAAUAUGAAUGAUCUAUUAUGAAUUGCAGACAAUGUCGUGGCGCCUCACGCGCAUUUGUUCCUAUAAUAUUCCUGUAAAAUAAUGGCUUGCCGCGGCGGGUGCUGCUGUAACAGCAUCGGUCCCCUAAAUGAAGAUAAUGCCAGAUUUCUCAUUUUGGCUUUGCUCAUCAUCAUCUACUUGUUAUGUGGAGCGGCGGUGUUUUCAGCUCUGGAGCAUCCGAAGGAGACGCUCGCCAAAGAAAGAUGGGCUCAGAGGAUCGAGCAGUUCACUCAGAAGUACAACCUGAGUCAAGACGACCUGAAGAACUUCCUGAGAAACUAUGAGGAGGCCAAUGUGGCCGGUAUUCAUGUGGACUCGACCAGACCUCGAUGGGAUUUUACCGGGGCUUUUUAUUUUGUCGGAACUGUUGUGUCAACCAUAGGUUUUGGGAUGACAACACCUGUAACUAUUGCAGGGAAGAUAUUCCUGAUAUUUUAUGGCCUCAUUGGUUGCGCUGCCACCAUUUUAUUUUUUAACCUCUUCUUGGAACGUGUCAUCACCGUGAUUGCAUUCGUCUUGAAGUUCUGCCACGAGCGCAGAGAACGGCGCAAAGCCGGACCACCUCAAAAUUGCCGGCGUCCCUCCAUCAGCAGUAGAGAAAGGCGUACAGACAGCUUGGCUGGCUGGAAGCCUUCGGUGUACUGCGUGAUGCUCAUCUUAGGAGUUGCCGCCAUCUUGGUUUCUUGCUGUGCAUCUGCAAUGUACUCCUCAGCUGAGGGCUGGGGGUACCUGGAUUCCCUCUAUUUCUGUUUCGUGGCCUUCAGCACCAUUGGCUUUGGGGACAUGGUGAGCAAUCAGCGUGAAAUGUACAAAGCUCAAGGAGCUUACAGGGUUGGAAACUUCCUGUUCAUCCUGACAGGGGUGUGUUGCAUCUACUCGCUGUUUAAUGUCAUUUCCAUUGUGAUCAAGCAAGUUCUCAACUGGCUGCUGCAAAAGCUGGAGACUCCUUGCCAUUGCCCAGGUCGAGGGAACCACCAUCCGCGAAGAAAUGCUGUCGUGCCUGGGCACAUGAGAACUCGCCGUGACAACUCCAUAGACACAGAUGUAGUCAAUGAUAGUGAGAUCGAUGGGCGCCGAAUGUCUGGAGAGAUGAUCUCCAUGAAGGACUUUCUAGCUGCAAAUAAAGUUAACCUGGCCAUCAUGCAGAAGCAGCUGUCAGAGAUGGCCAACGGCCAUCCACGGCAGUUGGGGUCCAGUUCACGAAAUGAGUUCUCAGGAGGAGUUGGUGCGCUGGGAAUAAUGAAUAACCGAUUGGCAGAGACAAGUGUAGACAGAUAAGUCUACAAUUUAGUUACAAUAAAAGCCCAGUUUGUUAUGACUUAUAAACAUUAACCUCCAGCAUUGUGAAAAUAUGCUAUUCACCAUCAGCUUCCUGUAGGGUUACCAACAUAAAGUGAGUCGUACUUGGCUGGUCAUGUGAUCUCAACAUGUCAGCCACCAUGAUAUGGCGCUUUCUGUGUAAAAUGAAACAGCUGAUAUGACUGUACUCUUCAUGUCCUUCUUGUACAUGGUUUUAAACACAUAAUUAUUCUCUUUAUAAUAAGGAAACAAUUACUGAGUGCAACCUUGAAGCUAAAUUCAACAAUAACUAUAGGACAUCCACAGCAAAGACUACAUGUACAUUGGCAAGAAUAAGUAUGUGAACCUUUUGGAAUUUAAAGGUUUUCUGACUAAAUUUGUCUUAAAAUGUGAUCUGAUCUUCAUUUAAGUCAACAGUAUUGAUGAACAGUGUUGGGGAAAGUUACUUUAAAAAGUAAUGCAUUACAAUAUUAAGUUACUCCCCAAAAAAGGCGUUACUUAGUUACUUUUCAUUGAAAGUAAUGCUUACGUUACUUUUGUGUUACUUUUUCUUCCCCCUUCCGUAAUUCUAUGUUAAUAUGUUCAGUUUAAUUCAGUACAUUUAAAUUGAAUUAAUGAAACUAAAAAGUAACUCAAAUAUUAAUAGUGUUACUUUACUCGUUACUUCAGAAAAGUAAUAUUAUUAUGUAAUGCACGUUACUUGUAACGUGUUACCCCCAACACUGUUGACGAACGUAAUGUAUCUAUAUAAAUAUAUAUCUAUAUAAAAAUAAUUACACAAAAAAUUCUGAUAUUUCAUGUCUUUAUUGAACACACUCAUUCAACAUUCAAAAUGGCAGUGGAAAAAGUAAGUGAACCCUUAGAAUUAAUAACUGGUUGACCCCCUUGGCAGCAAAAACCUCAACCAGGCACUUCCUGUAGCUGUGAAUCAGACCUGCACACUUUGUUAAGGAGGAAUUUUAGCUCAUUCUUCCUGGCAGAACUGCUUUUGCUCUGUAAUAUUCUUUGGAUGUCUCAUGUGUAUGGCCCUCUUCAAGUCAAUACAUAGCAUCUCUAUUGGGUUGAGGUCUGGGUUCUUGGCCACUCCAAAAGGUGGAUUUUGUUUUUCUGAAGCCAUUCUGUUGUGGACUUGCUGUGGUGUUUUGGGUCGUUGUCCUGUUGCAUCACUCACCUUCUACACAGUUUCAACUGACGUACAGAUAUUCUCACAUUAUCCUGAAGAAUUGUCUGAUAUACUUGGGAAUUCAUCUUCACCUCAAUGAUUGCAAGCUGGCCAGGCCCUGAUGCAGCAAAACAGGCCCAAAUCAUGAUGUUUCCUCCAACAUACUUUACAGUUGGGAUGAUGUCUUCAUGAUGAUAUGCCGUGCCAUUUAUAUGCCAGAUGUAACGCUGUGUGUUUUUUACAAAUAGUUCAAUCUUAGUUUCAUCAGUCCACAAAACAGUGUCACUGUGUUCUUUUGCAAACUUUAGGAGUGCAGCAGUGUUCUUUUUAGUAAGCAGUGGCUUCCUUUGUCUUUUCCUGCUGUGGAUACCCUGCUUGUUCAGUGUUUUACGUAUUGAAGACUUAACAGAGAUGUUAGCAAUUUCCAAUGAUGCUUUUAAAUCUUUGGCUGUCAUUCGGGUUGUUUCUUUACCUCAUUGAUAAGUCUUCGUUGUGCUCUUGGUGUCAUUUUGACUGGGCACCCCUUUUCUUGGUAGAGUAGCAAAAGUCCCAAAGCGUCUCCAUUUGUAGAUUGUUUGCCUAAAUGUAGACUGGUAAAUUUUUAAAGUCUUUGAAAUAACUUUGUAACCCUUUCCAGAUUUAUGUAAAGCAACAAUUCUUGAUCGUAGCUCCUCUGAAAGCUCUUUUUGGUGAGGUAUGGCUCACAUAAGCAUGUUGUUCUUGUGCAGAGCAAAAUCUGAUUCUAAUUAGCUUUUUUGAGGCCAUUAACUCAUUAACAAACUUUUUCCACAAGCAUUAUGAAGUGUUUUGGUUGUUCUUAAUAAAGACAUAAAAGAUCAGUAUUUUUUUGUUAUUAUUUUUAGACACAUUAUGUUUGUCAAAACCCUUGACUUACAUGAAGAUCAGUUCACAUUUUAUGACAAAUUUAUUCAAAAAAAAACGUGAAAUUCCAAAAGGUUCACAUACUUUUUCUUGUCACUGUACAUUUUGAAAAAGAUAAGGAAAUACUAUUUUAUCAGUGUUAUUACAUAAAAAAAGUUUUCUUUGAGUUUUAGACUUGUGGACAUUUAAUAUCCUAUAUUUAUUUUUCUUAGUGGCUACAAUCAUUUUAAUGUAACUACUGAAAAGUUGUAGGGUGCAUUCAUUUACAAUAAAAUUAUAAUAAUAAUAAUAAAAUUUACAAUUUAUUAUUAGUGAGCAUGUCAUUAUACCAAUACCUAGUACCUUUACUUUUCUCGGGGAUUGUAUGUUCUUUUUUAAUGUUUAUUACAAACAAAGGAAGCAUGGGAUUUAUGCUCUGGUACAUGUAAAAAGAUGGUAUGAAAAAUUGAACAAAAUAUUAGUUUGUUAAAUCAAAUAUACUAAGAAUAUAUAUCCAUGUGCUUGUACAUUUCAUCGACAGUCCAAGAAAUCAUUGACAUAUCUGCACUGCAUGAAUAACGCCUUAUUUCGAAUGCUCUGAUUUUUUAAAUAACUUUUAACACUUGGUGUUAAAAGUGUCGGCUAAAUAAAUAAAUGUUAAUGCAAUUUACAGCUUUUGGGUCUUGAUCAGUCAACUUCAGGACAUAUAGUAUGUAGAAGCAAACUUUGAUCAUAAAUACUGUCC